AUGUUUUCUAAAUGUUUGUGGAAAGCAGGGCGCGGGUCCUUGCGGUUUAUCAAGUCUUCUGUAACGCAAUAUUCUUUAGCUCAGUUAACUAAUUCAAGCUUUUAUAAAAGCCUCACUAAAUGCACGUACAGCACGUGUCCUGCUGGAAUGAAAGUCACUAUCUGUGGAGCUGCCGGACGCACAGGUCAACCUUUAGCCCUACUUUUAAAACAAUGCCCAUUAUUGGAUGAAAUAGCUCUUUACGAUAUUUGUGCUACGUGUGGGUAUGGCAUGGAACUCAGUCACGUCGAUACUAAAUGUAAAGUGUCGUCUUUUUCUGGACGUCACACGCUUUGUGAUGCUCUUAAGGAUGCAAGAGUUGUUGUGGUAAUUGCAAGGAAUGAAUGUGAUAGCUUUGAGAACAACGCUCCAGUAAUAACAGAGAUUGCCCUUCAGAUAUGUAAUACUUGUCCAGAUGCUUUUACGAUAGUGGCUACAGAGCCAAUAGAGAGUAUGGUGCCGAUUGUGAGUGAAAUAGAAAGAUUACGCGGAGUGUACAACCCGAGGCUACUCUUAGGCUGUGUAGAGUUAAAUUGUGUUAGAGCUAAUACUGUAUUGGCUGACUUUCUUCGUGUUCCUCCGGAAACUGUGCGCGUGCCUGUUAUAGGCGGUGCUACACCAGAAACUAUGGUACCUGUGCUUUCGGCUGCUGUCCAUCCGUGUACGUUGACUCAAGAACAGACGGAGUGUGUAACAUCGUCUAUAAUGAGUGGCAAUGAAGCAGUAUGUGCAGCUAAAGGUUGCUGCACAGAAACUGCUUGUUUAGCUGGCGCUUAUGCAGUGGCUAGAAACACCAUCAAUGUGGUGAAAGGUUUGCAAGGACGCAAAAAUAUCGUGCAGUGCGCUUACGUUGAUAGUCUGGGUACUUGCGCGCCUUGUUGCCAAUUUUUUGCUAGUGAAGUGAUAUUAGGACCUUCUGGUAUAGAAAAGAAUUUAGGUAUACCAGAGCUUUCCAAGUUUGAAAACUGUCUAAUGUGCAAUUGCUUGCCGUAUGUACGAAAUGAGAUAGCUCGUGCUAUUUGGCUGGUAUACUCGAUGUGUCAACAAUGUUGUUGUUCCACGUGUGUGACUCAUCCUUGCACUUGCUUCACGCCGCCCAUUGUGCCUACUAACUGGACCUGCGACUGGCCGGAUUCUUGUCGAGAUGAAUAUCUCGCAUCCAUAUGCCGCGAGAUGAGCUCUAAGUGUAGCAGUACUGAGCUAUGCUGGAGACCUCGCGAGGCCGACUACAACGCGGCUCGCGCUGCUAACUUGACCCAUCAAAUACCUUUAAAGGGACCUUCGUGUAACGUGUGUAAUGUGCCUAGAAGUGUCCGCAUCGAUCAGGCUUUGAGAGGAAAGAUGAAAGAUUCU